AUGUACAAAAUUAUAAUUAGUCUAAUAUUCGUAUAAUAUUGCUUAGCUCAAAUAUGUUAAAAAUCUUAAAUAUUAGAUGCUCUAUCUCAAGCUUGUCUUAGUUGUUCAUCAGUUUGUGAAAAUUGUUUUAAUAUAAGCCAAUAAUCAUGCAUUGGUUGUGUAAAAAAUUCUUAUUUGAGUUAUGAUGAUAUUUCUACUUGUCAAAUUUAAUGUCGAAAAAGCGAAUUUGUUGAUAGUGAAAGCAAAAGAUGCAUUAAAUGCAAGGUCAAUGGGUGCGUUUAGUGCACCUCUUCAUAAAUUUGUCUGGUCUGUGAUCAGAAUUUAGUGCUUGAUAAAAAUAAUAAUCAGUGCAAUGCUAAAAAAGGGAUUUGCGAAUCUGAUUAAUAAUUUCUUAAUCCACCUUUUGAAAGUAGAAAAUGCACAAAUAGCUGUCUUUAAUCUUAUUAUUAGAAUUAUAAUAGCUAGAUUUGUGAAUAUACUUAAGAAUGCCCAUAAAUUUAGCAAUUAUCUAGCUAUAUUAUGGAUACAUUUGUGGAUGAAAUUGCAAUCAUUAAAGAGAAUCAAUACAUGGUUAUAAGUGGAGUAUCUUGUAGUUUUGCAAUUGUGGAUAUAAAUUGGAAUAUAAUAACUAAAUAAACUCUGCUAGAUAAAAAUUCAUUUGAAAUCGAUGUAACAUAAGAUGAAAGUAAAAAUUAUUUUUUCUUUACUGGAAUGUAUGGUGGAUGUAUGCGAGGAUAAAGGUUUAGUGUUAUGAAUUUUGAGACUCUACAAAUAGAAUUCGAUGAAAAAAAUUUAGAGUAAUAGUAUAAAAUUAUUUACACAGAUGAUGUUUAUAAGCUAGUUUUCAUGGUAGAUAAUUAAGCAUCAGCUUUAAUUUGGUAUGACAUAAACAAUAAAAAAAUUAAUAAUAGGAAAAUUUCAAUAAGACUUUUCUAUAUCACUUACAUAGUCAAAAAAAUGCUUCAGUGUUGCUCCUGA